CUAAAAUUGUCCAGUCUGACAAAGCAAAAAAACACAUCAACAUUUUGUUCAACCACCCUUAUACACACAUUUAAUCAGCUUUGCCUACAUUAUGAAAUGUUUGUUUUAAGCGGGAAGAUGAUUUUCAUAUAUAGGGACGAAUGAAAAUUCAAACAGCAAUCAAUCGAUCAUCAUGAGUGUUCUAUUUUUCACGACGUUGCUAACGUACGCGCCUAAAAAUCCAACCGUCCUGAGGUCCCCCCACGUUCUGAUGCAGACCAUGUACGAUCUGCGUGUGAUAUCCAAUCAUGAUUAUACUUGCUGGUUCCAGAAGCAGCCUGAUUAUCAUCGAUACGUUAUUCCAGAUUUGGAGUUCCAAAAUCGUAGCUACGAGUACCUUUCGGUGACAAACGUGGGCGUCAACUUUGCCUACGGAAGUGUUGACCACCAGCUUUGGGAUACUACGAUUAACUGGAUUGAUAUUUUUCACGAUCGUUCGGAAAACUAUGUUGUGAAAAAGAUCAACGAAAAAUUUAGAGAAGUGUCGAAAGGUGAAAUCAGCCAGUUCAUGAAUUCAUCUCAGUACAACUAUGACUGGUACAUUUCUUUGUUUAGUAUGGCAACGUUGAAACCAGUAUGGAAGUACGGAUUUUCCGAAUUUCACACCUGUACAUUUGAAACCCCCGAAUCCAUACGUACGAACUUUAUGCAAACUCCAGAAUUGGCAAUAAACUACGCAUCGAUAGAUAAGUUUACAGCCGUAGAGUUACCCUUAGAGAAUAAAUUUUACAGUCUGUUGCUGUUGUUACCCAACAAAGGUGACAACAUCGACCAUUUCGUAACAACGAUCGAUACACCGAAGCUGAUGGGAAUCUACAGGCAGCUUGAACCAACUAACCUUACGGUUGUGAUUCCUAGGAACACUUUCGAGGAUUGGCACUAUUCAAAAAAUAUCUACACCCAAAGCAAUUUUGCCAAACCCUUCUAUGAAUUCAUCUAUCGCCCGGUUCGAGACCAAGCUCAGCAUCCCCUCAAUGAAAGGGUUCAGAAAUUGAAGGUUGUUUUCGAUACCAAUGGUGUGGAAAAUGCUAAACCUCUAGAAAAUCGAAAAGUCAACAAACUAUUUCUGGCCAACAGACCUUUCUGGUUUCUGUUUGUGGAACGCCGAGUGAACGUUAUCCUACUGGUUGGUCACAUUAAAAAGCCGGGAAUGGAAAUGCAUGAAUUGAACGAUGCCAUGGGCUGUCCGCAAGUAGAGAUAAGUUAGAAAUUGGGGUCAAUAUUUUUGACACAGGUUUUUGCCGAAUUCUGGUGGGCAAAGUUAGGAUUUUCUCUGGCAAACUGUACAACACAAUGUUUUAAAACCAAAUUUAUAUUUAGUUGAAGGCAUUUUAGUUGUAAAGUUUUUUUUUAUAAUUCUAUGAUAGUAGCAGGAUAAGGAUCAACUGUUAGCGUCUUCCUUAAAUAAAAAUCUUAUUUAAAAUAAUUUUGAUUACAAUGGUGCCCCAGCCAGAACAGCUAUCAUGUACCUUUAAAUAGAUGAAUAGAAAAAUAAGAUUAAAAUUCACCUUUUUUUAUCAGUGGAUGGCAAACCGGUUGAAUGAACCUUUUUGGCCAGUAAAUCCGAAAAAAGUAAAUUGUACCUUUUUCUAGGUGAAAAGAAAAAAAGAUACAAUUCACCUUUUCGCUAAGUGAAUGAAAAAAAAGAUAAAAUUUAGGGGAGAUAAGGUCAUAAUGGCUACCUCAAGAAGGACGCUAAUUUAACCAUAAAAUCAGCUAUUAGUAAAAUACUUCAUUGUUUCGUUUUCAGACACUCAAAAAGUGUAUUUCGU